CCGCAGUCUUCCAAGACUCUCGCCCUCUGCGCUCCCGCGCCUCUUGAUCUGAUUUUUACGCCUUAACAGCCAAUCCGUGCUUCACUACCUCCUGGCCUGCUGCUCUGCACCAUCGACCUUGCUGCAAUUUCCAUCCUCACAUCCUCAAAAUUAUCAUCGCGCGACAUAAACCGCAUGGAAAUGUCUGAUAAGGCGUUCGCGCCGCUCGACGAGCAUGGCUCUACCCUUCCCCGCAAAGACAAGGUCGCGUACUUCUACGAUUCCGACGUUGGAAACUACGCAUACGUGGCAGGGCAUCCCAUGAAACCCCAUCGUAUACGAGUUGCGCACUCCUUGAUCAUGAACUAUGGCUGCUAUAAAUACAUGGAGAUAUACCGUGCGAAGCCAGCGACGAAGUACGAGAUGACACAGUUCCACACCGACGACUACGUAGAUUUCCUGCAGCGGGUCACGCCAGAUAACAUGGAGACGUAUAGCAAGGAGCAGAGCAAAUACAACGUUGGCGAUGACUGUCCUGUCUUCGAUGGUUUGUUUGAGUUCUGCGGCAUAAGUGCCGGUGGCAGCAUGGAGGGGGCAGCGCGCCUCAACCGCAAAAAGUGCGAGAUUGCGAUAAACUGGGCCGGUGGUCUGCAUCACGCAAAGAAAAGCGAAGCUUCAGGCUUUUGCUACGUCAACGAUAUUGUGCUGGGCAUCAUCGAGCUGCUGCGAUUCCACAAGCGCGUCUUGUACAUCGACAUAGACGUCCACCACGGUGACGGCGUCGAAGAAGCCUUCUACACGACAGAUCGUGUAAUGACCGUAUCCUUCCACAAGUAUGGCGAGUACUUCCCCGGUACAGGCGAGUUGCGUGAUAUUGGCGUGGGCAAGGGCAAGUAUUACGCAGUCAACUACCCGCUACGCGAUGGCAUUACGGACAAGACGUACAAGGGCGUUUUCGAACCCGUCAUCCAGGCUGUCAUGGACAACUAUAAUCCUGACGCAAUUGUGUUGCAGUGUGGAGGUGACAGCUUGUCGGGAGAUCGUCUGGGCUGUUUCAAUCUCAGUAUGAAGGGUCAUGCGAACUGUGUCAAGUUUGUCAAGUCCUUUGGAAAACCAACACUUGUUCUUGGGGGUGGUGGAUACACUAUGCGUAAUGUCGCCCGCACGUGGGCCUACGAGACGGGAGCCCUCAUCGGUAGAGAACUUGGACCGAACCUCCCUUACAAUGAUUACUACGCGUAUUUUGCGCCCGACUACGAGCUAAACGUGCAUCCGUCGAACAUGGACAACGCAAACUCGGCGGAGUACCUACGACGAGUUACUGAAGAGGUGGUUACGAACCUGCGCCAGACAGGCACUCCGUCGGUGCAAAUGCAGGACGUGCCUCGUGCGCCUCUCGGUGGGGCAAUGGACAGUGAUGCGGAGGACGAAGCAGAUGACAUGGACGCAGAUCAGAAUCCGGACACCCGAUUGACGCAACGACAAGCAGAUAAGAUGAUAGCUAGGGAUGAUGAGUUCUACGAGUCGGAAGAUGAGGAGAUGAAUGAACGCAAUGGAAUUCGUCGACAGCCGGGGCAGCAAAGGUCACGAAAUAUCGGCAUUAUGGAUUAUGAGAAUCCGCAUGCUCAGCCUGAUAUUGAUGUGGACGAGAAUGGGCAGCCAGUCGAGGUUCCAGGUAACACUGGCAAUGGCGUCAUUGGCUCAGGAUCGAGGGAGGAGAACAAGAGAAUUGCUGAUCAGAAAGCUGACGCUGCCCUCUCACCAGGCGAGUCGUCUACCGGCUCAAACUCAAAAGUAACGAAUGGAAAGCCGUCAAGAGCGAGUAGUGGUCAUCCUGAGGCGAAACCAGAGCCUGAUGGCCAAGCUGAAGCUGAAGCGGAUGAAAUGGACGUUGAUGAAGGCUCCGAAGGUGAUGACGAGCUUGAAGAGGAAGUUGAAGAUGUACCUGCUGAAGCAACAGCAGAUGUCACCGCUGUUGCCGCCUCGGAAACCACAGCUGCCACGGCGACAGCCUCAGCGGCUGCAGCGGAGACCACAACAUCAAAUUCGCCAAGACCAGGAGCUGAACUAACACCGCCCGAUUCUCCGGCUGAAGAAACGUCCAACGCGCAGUCCACGACCGUGGCCGCCCCGUCCGGCGGAGCCACGGAGGACGUCGAGAUGGCAGACGAAGAUAUGAAGGUCGAGGAUGCUCCAGAGAAGAAGGAAGGGUUGGUUGAGCAGGAGAAGGAUGAUCAGGAAGGAGAGGAAAAAACAGAAGAGGUUGCCAUGAAGGACGAGGAGUAAGCUAUCAUCAUAGCUACUGCGUCAUGAAAGCAUGAGUGAGACGCUUUAUACGAUGUGGUCUCUUUCUCAAAGCAUUACGUCAAGAUCAUAGCGUGGCGAAGCUGGCGUUAAUGCAGGCCCAAGUAGUCAGUCUGCAUCCUUUCCUGAGACACAGGCAGCACGAAGACGGACAGACUCAACCAUCAGGGCUCAUCACUGCCAUAUUUGGGUCUCGAUCUUGCAAUGACCGCAUGAGAGGUAAGAGUAAGGGUGCUCCCAACUCUUCACUCCCUCCACGUGUUUUUUUAUACUCCCUGGGUGGAUGAAAUUGUAGCGGGCGGUAUACAGCAUUUGCAAUUUGGAGUUGGGCAUGCUGGAAUGCUUGAUAUAAAGCCCAUGUACUGUAGUUAUGAGCGUUCUGCGAUUCAAUGGACACAGAAUUGAUUGUUUCCGCACA